AUUCUUUUGUCUAAAUAUGACCCUGUGACCUGUUUGAAAUACGCGGCUGGUUUUAUGAUAUGGGGUUUACCGCUUGCAGUUGCUCUCACUUGGUUAACCAACAGGGUUUCCACUGGUGUUCUUGACCGUGCUAAGUGUCAACAGACCUGUUCUGAAAGUCCUGCUCGAUUAACCCAGGAAGAUAAUAAGAAUAUAGCUUGUCUGUCAUUUCUUACAGGUUUGUCACCGUCUCUUACAUGCCCAAUAACCAAAACAUUUAGUUACACUAUACUUAUAAAAAAAACCCUUCUAGUAAGUGACAUUAUAUCUACAUUAAGCACCCAAGGGAAAGCAGAGUGCUAGUAUUUCCUCAGAUCUCAAGCUAAAGA